AUGAAUUUUAUCAAGAAUUUAUUUGUAAAGCAAAAAUAGCAAUAAAAAGAACCUCUCUUCUUUGACUCAUUUACUGAGAAGAUCGACCAUUUUGAAAGCUAAGUAAGUAUCAUAUCAGAUGGAAUUACACUAACUCAAUACCCAAAAGACAUCAUUUAAGUUAUAAAAUCAAAUAUUGAAUAACUAAAAAAAUAAUUACAAGAAGCUAAAGUUUAUAUCCUUUUUUUAGGUACAACAUCUGCAGGUAAGAGUACCUUCAUCAAUUCACUAUUGGGCCAACAAAUAUUGCCUUCUAGAAAUUAGGAAUGCACAUAAAAUGUGAUAUUUAUCGAAUACAAUGAAAAAAUUAUUAUAAAUGAAAAGUAGAUUAACAGUUUAGAUCAAGCACAAUAGAUUCUAUUUGAAAUGUAAAAGAGUAAUAAAUCUGAAAUUGUGAAUAUCCAAGUCCCAUCGCUCUUUCAUAAUUAGUUCCCUUCUGAUUUGAGGAGCAGGAUAGUAUUCAUAGAUACACCUGGUUUCAAAAAAGAUGAAUUGUAAUCUCUUCAGGCCCAUUUCUAAAAAAUUGAUGAUAAGAUUGGUCUCUAACAUCGUAUAAAUGUAUGGGUUACCAAUUACACUUCAUUCGAUAAUGAUAAGGAAUUAUAAAACCAAAUUCUUAGCAUUUAUAAACCUCAAGCAUCUUCUGAAAUUAUAAAAAAAUAAAAUCAAAAAGCUAGUUACUUGAAAAGUGUAAUAAUUGAAGAGUUUUAAGGAUAUUAGAAAUAGUAGGACUUAUUAAUUAGUUCUCAUGAUAUAAUCGAAAGCUAUGAAUCUUUGGAGAGCGUAAGAAAGUUUUAAUCCUAAACAUUAUUUUUUAUUCUUAAUAAAUACGAUGAAAGAAAGGUAUCUGAAGAUAAAAACGUCGAUCUUAUAAUUUAAGAAAUUAGUUAAAUGAUCGGGAGUGAAUUGAAUAUAUUUAAGAUAUCAGCCUUAAGAGCUAUGAGGUAUAGAAUAUUAAAUUAUGGAUCUUAAUAAGCCAUUGAUAAAUUUAUGGAAUCUUAUUUCUUGGAUUAUAGAGAUGUUGAGCUAUUUGUGACUUAAAAUGAUUGCAGAAAAUAUUGCAAUGAGAAAAUUAAAAAUAACCCAAACCUUUUAUAAAAUCAAGAUUAUUUAAAGUUAUAGAAUCAAUUGGAAUCCAAUAUCAAAUUAUAAAUCAGUGAAGCUUUCUAUGGAGAUAGGUUUCUUUAGAUAAUACAUUGGUUGAUUGUAUUAGAAUUGGUUGUCAGUCCUUAAUAAAUUAAAUUAGAGGAAAAAUAAUAUGAAGCUUUGAAAGAUUUAAUCUAUUAGUUCAUAGACAAUUAAAUAUAGAGCUAUAAUCAUUGUAUUUCAAAAUUCAAAAAUGAUACUAUAUGUCAAAUCAAAAAGGAUUUGGAUCGUUACAAAUCUCUAUUAUUAUCUGAAGAACCAUAAAUCCUUAUAAUUUCGGCAUGCAAAUAAACGUUGUAAACAAUGAUUGAAUAUGAAUAAAAGAUUAUAUAAUUAAAUGAGGAUGUAAAGAACGGAUUAAUAUUAAAAUUGUAAUCCAUCUUUCCAUAGCAAUAGAAAGAUCCAUUAUUAAAAAGCAUUUAAUUGGUGGGAUAAAGAGAUGUGUCUAUUCUUGAUGGGUGCACACAAUUAUUUGAAUUGGUGAAUGAAAAUAAUGUCAAUGAAAUUUAGAAACGUAGCUUUUAAUAAUAUGCUGAUAGUGUACAAAAAACAAUGGGAGUGAGAAUCAAUCCAAUAUAGUCUUAAGUUGGAAUUAUUUCUACUGGACUAUCUAUUGCAGCCUACUUAGGAAAGAGAUUCGCAUUUCAAACUUUGAGAUGCUCACCAAUCUUUGCAGCAAUAGGUAUAGGAUUGAUGUCAUUCGACUUAUCCUUUAUGUUUGGGAAGUAAUGGUAUUCAACAAACAUAAUUAAUGAUCAAUUGCAUCAAUGGGAAUCUACUUUGAUAUAAUUAAUUGAGGAUCAAGAGAAAAGUUAUAGCCAAGUAAACAAACAAACUUUUGGUUGUGUCAGAAAUGUUUUAAGUAGUUUGAUGUAAUGAUAAGUCAACUUUAUUUUUUAAAUAUUUAUUAGUUUAUAAUCAAUAAA